AUGGUUGGUCGGGCCUUGGACCUUGUCUUGCGUAGAUGGGGUCAUGGGUUCGAAGUCGCCAGCCUCAAGAAGGCCGCACACGGCUUGCUUGCUUCGUGCGAUAAGCUUGCUGUUGUUAAUGAGGGGGUGACAUGUUGUUAUUGUGGACACGCAAAACCGGUCAUGAAUGGGCUUGUUGCUGAUGCUGGUCAGUUCUUCGAAGUUGUCCAACCAGCUGUUGCUAUUCAGUCGGUCGUUGACGUGAUGCGGGCCGUGCAGACCCUACAUGGAUGUUGUACGGUGACUGUUGUGCGGGACAAACGCGUGCGUGGUUUCCUUGGAGGCUCUCCCCAGGCCAACUGUCGCAUGACCAGGUCCAAGUCUUUCUACUUCGUUGACCUGGCUCUCUGUUUCGCUGCUUGCAUGCUUGUUGAUUUAUGCAAGCUGGGGUCCGUUGUGAUUCGUAUUUCCGGGUUGCCUAUUGGAGGGCUGUUGAGUCGCAUCGCUGCAAGUUACGUGCUUGCAUGGCAAGAAUACCUGUGGACCCGGAAUUGGCCUGACUCUACUUUUGGUGCCCAGGCUCGCGUGGCAUGGGCACAGGCUGUCGUUGCCAGAAGGUAUAUUGACGAUGUCAUGUUCAUUUCAAAGCUCUUCUGCUUUGAUUGCCUCUCGGCCAUGGUCGCUGCGAUGUACUCUGUCGACUUUGAAGUGACUGCCAAUUCACGGCAGCUGCGCUGGCUUGACAUUGUUUUUGAUCUGGACAGCCGAUGUAUUGGCAUCAAACGUAGCUCCUUUAUGUUCCCUCCGGACUGGGAUACUGGGCAGAGUGACCUCAAGGCCUUCCUUCUGGGAAGGCUAGCCCGUUACAGGCAGCUGGCCCUCUCACGGAAGGUGUGGGAGCAAGAUCUUGGUUGCUUGCUCAUGUCACUGUCCAAGCAGCAAUUCUCUAGGCGCCGGUUGCGGAAUCUUGUGUUCUGCAUGUGGAAAGAUCAGUUUCAUGAUGAAAUUUUCUUUUUGCGGGACUUUGUUUGGUUUAGGAUGGUGUCGAUGCCGGGCUACGCUGCUUUCCAGCUUGUGGCCAUUCUGGUGACAUGUUUCCUGUGCCCAACCAGCGCCAUGGGCUGGCCCAACAGUAAAGGAAGGUCAUGGGGCUGGCAGUCGCAUCAGUCGCAUCAGCAACAGCAGUGGCGGCAGCCCUAUGGUGGCACGCAAGUGUUACGCAUCGAGGUUGACCGGAAAGACGAGCGAGACCAACAUCAUCGCAGAAGCAAAGGUCACAGAUCCCAUGAUUCACAUUCCUCGAGAAAGCGAGAGAAAAGCAAGAAGCAGAAUCGCAAGUCUAGCAGGGAGACUAGACUUGAGCAAGAGCUUGAAACAUUGCGGGCAGAAAAGACUGCUCGAGAGGCCGCUCUACAGAAAGAGAAGUUCCAGAAAGACAUGGAAACACAAGUGCAGGCUAUCCGGGCUGAUUUGCAGGAACAGCUGGACGCCAAGCUCGAUGGUCUCAAAUGCAAGCCUGCAGCAUCCACCAAGUUUACUGCUCCGGGCAAAGGCAACUCCGCGGAGGGAGAGGCUGUUGAGGAUGCGCAUGUGCUCUCUGCAUCUGAAAAGAUGGCAGUAUUUCAUGCUCUCGGGGGCUACGAACCCGUGAAAGCUUGCAAGGGCUGGGGUGACCUAGGAAAGCACUUGCAGGGAGAGGAUGGCGACAGGCUGCGCUCACUAGUGAGGCUAGUGCAGAAGAAAGGGGGCCUUCCACGUACACCAGAGGCCAUGGCCUCCAAGAUUCUAUCUGUACUCAAAGCUUCGCUGGCAGAGUUCUCGGCGUGA